UUCUCUGUGAUUCUAGUUUUGCUCAUCUCGAUAAAAUGUGGAAUGUAAAUUCUGUUUCAAAUGUUACUACAAUUUUGUUUUAAUUGCGAGAUCAUUACUAAGUGCUUUUGGAGUUAACGCUGGCUUUAUAUUUACCUGGAAAAGAUAAGAUAUUAACAACAAUAUGCCCUCGACGCACCUCAGUCUCCGAGAGGACGACGUGGUGCGGCUCUCUCUGGAGUUCCUGCAUAACCGGGACCUCCACAUCACCCAGCUCUCUCUGGAGCGCGAGACCGGCGUCAUCAACGGCAACUUCGCCGACGACGUUCUCUUCCUCCGCCAACUCAUCCUCGACGGGCAGUGGGACGAUGUCCUCGAGUUCAUUCAACCUCUCAGCGCCCUCAAAGCAUUUGAAGCCGAUAAAUUCAACUACGCUAUACUCAGACAUAAAUACAUUGAACUGUUAUGCAUCAGAUCUGAAAUCAAAGCUUACAAUAAUGUAGAAAAUAUCGUGGAUGAAGUCGUAAAAGUACUUAACGAUCUCGAAAAACUAGCUCCCUCUAAAGAAGAAUACUCAAACUUAUGUUUACUCUUAACACUACCUAGCAUCACAGAUCAUGCACAAUUCAAGAAAUGGAACCCUAGUAACGCGAGGGUACAAUGCUUUCGAGAAGUUUACCCUCUAGUUGAACAGUUUCUACCUUGCGAUAAGAAAUCGAGUGGCACAGUGUCGAAGUGUGCGAAAAAUGAUCGACUGAUGCAACUGCUUAUCAAAGGCAUAUUAUACGAAUCAUGCGUUAAUUACUGUCAGGCUAAAGCUACCGGUUCUGACAUGCAAUCCAACGAUGUGAGUUUUUCAAGGCUGCUUGAUGGCUCUGGAUUUGACGAGUCUGACUUGAGCCUUCUAUCUUGGCUACAGUCUAUACCUGCAGAGACGUUUAGUGUACCAUUCGAGCAAAGAAUGUUGAAUGUAGACGUAGAAAAAUUAGAAAGGCCUUCGCUGCACACUUCGUGGACGGAACAUAUGCUCGUGACGCCGAUCAAACCACGCACAUUCCCACAUUUGGCUAUGCCUUUUAGGCGUCCGCGAUCGGCGGCCGAUGCUAUGACGAGAUCCUUGAGGCCUCUUCCCGACGGAGCGCCAAGACAUCCGGCGGUCAUGGCUUUGUCAGCCAUAGAUUUCGGUCCGUCAUCUUCAUGUUUCGCCGGCUUCCAUCUAACAGGUAUAAAAGGCAGCAAACUAAUGAAUACGUCCGUAGACAGGUUGUUUGACAACAAAAACGGUGAGAGUAUUUUCAACGGAUUAAAUGAGUCAUUGAAACCGAUCGACGAACAAUUGAAACCAAUUGGUGAAUUCACCGGCUCGUUAAAAACAUUGACGGCAGAGAGUAGCAUUGGUGCAUCGAACGCUACGACUCCUGAGCAUAAAGGACAAGACUAUUCUGCUUCUACGUCGAUAUCGACGACGGCGGCAUCCACCGAGCGGUCGUCACUCGCUGAGCGCACCCCGCAGCAACCGGAGCCCGCCAUGGUGCCGGGUGUAGACGGCGACUUCCGACGGGAGCUGCUGAAGGAGUACCAGAUACAGAAACAACGUGAAUGCGAUGACUAUCUGCGAAAUCUAUGUUCUUCCGAGUUGCUACAGCAAAAGAUGCCGGACCAAAUGUCGGAAACCGCCUCACCUUACCCCCCGGCUGGGAAGUAUCCACAGCAAUCGACUCCGGAUAAGAUGCAACAAUCACCAUUUGUGAGGAAAAACGAUAUCAUCGAGUCACCUGACAUGGCAGAUUCAACAACCGCACAAAGCAGAAAUGGUGGGCUCCAAAGCGCUCCAAUAUCAUCGCCGACCGGAAUAGGAGCUGAAGUGAACGGAUCCAGGCCCACAUUCAAACCUGUGACGGUCCUGGAAGACCUGCAGGCUGUCCGCUGCGCAGAGUUCCAUCCCAACGGGAAGCUGUAUGCAGUUGGUUCCAACACGAAAACCCUCAGGAUAUGCACGUAUCCGAAGAUAGAUGAGGUCAAAGACAACAGUGCGCCAACAGCACCGACCGUGCUGCUGAAACGCACGAAACAUCACAAGGGCAGCAUCUACUGCCUGGCUUGGAGUCCAGCCGGCGACCUCCUCGCCACAGGCUCCAACGACAAGACCGUCAAGCUCAUGAGGUUCAACAGCCACGCGUGCAACCUCGAGGGACAAGAGGUGGAACUGAGCAUGCAUGACGGCACAGUGCGUGACGUCUGCUUCAUCGAAGACACGUCAAAUAAAACAAGCCUUCUGGUCAGCGGCGGCGCAGGCGACUGUAAGAUCUACGUUACCGACUGCGCCACAGGGAAAACAUUCCAGGCACUCAGCGGGCACUCUGGACACGUGUUGUCGCUGUACAACUGGGGCGGCGCCAUGUUUGUGUCCGGCAGCCAGGAUAAGACAGUGCGCUUCUGGGACCUGCGCACCGCGGGCUGCGUUAACAUCAUAUCACCGCCUGCAGGACACCCGACCAAAGGCUCGGCUGUAGCAUCGUUGGCAGUGGACCCGAGCGGGCGGUUGCUGGUUUGCGGGCACGACGACGGCUCGUGCGCGUUGCACGACGUGCGCGGCUCGCGCGCGCUGCAACGCUUCACCCCGCACUCCGGUGACGUGCGAAGCGUGCGCUUCUCCCCGGGCGCGUACUAUCUACUCACUGCCGGCUACGACGGCAGAGUGGUGCUUACCGAUUUACAAGGAGACCUGACGUGCGCGCUGCCGAGCGUGCCAGUCGCGCGCCAUCCGGACAAAGUCAUAUCAGCUCGGUGGCACCCUGACGACUUCUCCUUCCUGUCCACCUCCGCGGACAAGACCGCCGUGCUCUGGACGAUACCUCCGGUGUAGCAGGCGAGGUCUCCCGCUGGAAGGUACAGGCCGACCCCACGAAUACCGUAGUACCGUCACGUACCGUCCCACGGAACGGAACUCGAUAUUGCUUCUUAUCACGACUGCACCCGUUUGUCCAAUGCAGACAAAUAUAAACUUAAUAACUGAAAUCAUUUAAAUUACUUUCUAAAAAAACUUACCAACUUAUUCUCAUUGUGUAGUUUAAAAAUAUUUUUCGUAUAUUUAAGUAUAAAAUGAUAAUAAAUUACAUAGUGCAAUAAGGUUUAAAAUAUUACAGUAAUCGUGUAGGUAUUUCUUUGCUUCUAGAACGUUGAUUUAGUUAAGUGCGGAAGACAUAGUGCGGCGAUCCGUUUUGUAAAAAAAUGCAAUCUAAAUUGAAAUAGUAGUAUUUAUCAGUUAAAAUGUUUUGUUGUUUUUUCGUGACAAAAUUUCGAAGAAUAUGAGCGUAAUAAAUCCUUGUUUAUUUUAAAAUAAUGACAGGUUAGUAUCAUAAUCGAAAUGUAUCUAUCCAUAGUCUAAACAAAUAGCCGUCAUGUGAAAUUUUAUAUAAUAUGUAAUGUCUUUAUUUCUAUUAAAAAGCUUUUUUCCGGUGCUUAAACGUUUCACAGUUUAUUGACAAGCAAAAGAUUUCAAAAUAUUACGUAAAUAUUGGAUGUCAGUUUUAAUUUAAGUUUUAUUUAUUUACGGCAAAGGUGCUCAAAUGUUGGUGGUUAUCUCAUCAACUGAUAUGGUAUUAUAUACGUGUUGUUCUGGUCUGAUGGCGGCUUAUGCCGCGUCACGUUUCAACGAUAAAAUCUGCAAAGGGACAAGAGUCGUCAAUCGACGUCCUUGUUGUUGCUCUGUAUUAAGGGCAAUCUCCAAAUCAGCUCUUAAAAUAGCAUAUUGUGACUUUAUAAUUUAUUUAUGACUAAUCACGUACAAUUCUACAAAUGAAAUUAACACGGGAUUUUCUUAAAUCAAAGUAAAUCUCGUUAUUAUUUAUAUUAUGAAUGCGAACAUUUAAAAUCUUAUGAUAUUUUUUUAUAAAAAUAAAAAUUCGUAGAUUUAUAUGUGCUUGAUCACAAUAUAAAUGUAACUUAUUUUAUCUUAGCUCUUGUAUAUAAAAUUUUUGUGAUUAUUAAUGACGUAAUUUGUAAUGUAAGCAUUCAAUGUCGUGUAAAUUUCUAAAACACAAAAUGGGAAUAUUUCUUCGAAAUAGUUAAAAAGCGCCUAAACUUAUCUAUAUAUUAAUUAAUGUUGUCGUGUAUAAAUUGUAAAUCUAUAAGAUAUUCAAUGGAAAUAUUCCUUAUGGACAAUGUGGGAACGUAAUGUUUUCGCCUUAAAGGCAAUUCUGAGUAACUGCUUUAAUUAUUUUUGUAUAAUAAAUGUAUCCGGGGCUCUGUGUUGAGUAAACUGCAAACAGAAGUUAAAAAAUAACAUCGGGCUGACUGUUAAGUUAAUCUAUACGUAAUAUUAUAAAGAGGUAAGCGUUUGUAGUUUGUAUGUUUGAGGCGGGUAACCUCCGAAACAAUCGAACCGAUUUCAAAAAUUCUUUCACCAUUAAAAAUGGCAGAUUAUUCAAGAUUUAUAUAGGCUAUAUUUUAUCUCCUUAUAAAUUCCCAUUCCCAUUAAAUAAAGUAAUUAAACAAUAAUUUAGCAAAUAAAUGUUCUUGUAUAUCUACUUGAUUUUUGCAAUAAAUAAUUAUUAUAAUGGUAUAAAAUAAAAACUUAUUUCUAACGUUCAUUUCAUUCUCAAGUCUAACGUUCGCGACUACGUAUGCAGCUGUUUGUCAUGGCCUAAGAGGUUAGAUACACAAAUAUUUUACUUUAAUCAAAAAUUCUGAACACUUUAGCACAAUUUAUGAACAUUUUUUAUACCUACCUACACAAAGCCUCGAGUACAAAUUGAUAUGCGUAUGUAUGUAAUUCGUGAAAAAAUUUCCAGACGCCAGUCUUCUUCCCGUUCUGUGAUCAUUUAACUAGUAACCCGCUGCAACUUUUGUGGUGUUUUUUAACUGCAAACCCUGGGGCGGAACCCUAAAUCUACUUGUACCCCUGUCUCUUAAUUAUUUAUUUCCACCAUCCAUACUCCAAUCUGAAGCGACUUCUUUUCGGCUCAAUUGUAUUUCGAUAAAUAAUAGUAUGGUAGUUGAUGUCCAACUUCUUUGCUUAGUAAAAUAAUGAUGUCUGUUUCCGCAUGGGUUUCAUUAGUCUGUUUAAUCCUAACUAUAAUAAUAAUGGUAUAAAUGUGAAAGUGUAUUUUGUUAGUUUAUUUCGUCGUGUCCGUGGUUGCACGGGUACUGUAAAUUAUAUAUUAAAGCGAACGAAGCCGCAGGCAAACGUUAGUUUUAUAUAGUUUACAUCGUAUAUAAAUUCCAAUGUGUCUUAUUUGUAUAAGUUAUGUGUAAUAAAAACUGGUUUCUAUUUAUUUCGCUAAAAUUUAUAAGUAGCUUAAAAUAAUAAAAAUAUUUUAUCAAAUUAUUAACAUAAAUAAAGUUAAUCUUUCGGGGAAGUAUGACUGACUAAUAUCAUCAAGUGAUAAUGAUAGUAGAGUGAUAUGUUUCGUCACAAAAUUCAGAUAAAUAUUUAAUGUAAUUUAAAUGUUCGGUUAGCUAACAAUAAUGAUGAAGUGUUGUUAGGAAAUAAAAAAAUAUAUAACAAAAUUAAAAUAGCUGUAAUAUAUGAUGUGUAAUAAAAUCUUUCCUCUAAAAUAUAUUUUACAAUUAAGGCUGUCCAAGCAUUGCAAAUGUUCUAAAUUCAACACAAUUUCCUCCUAUAAAUGGCUUUGUUAUAUUUCACGUGAUUUAGCCUUAUCGGAUGAAUUUUAAGUUUAUCUAUUUUUUAAUAUCUAGCUACGUACCACCAGAAUUGUAAAGUUGCAAUAUUUUUUCCAUUCUAUAUAUAUAUCAGGAAACAAAUACUAUUCAAAAUAAUUCUGGUAGUAGUGACUUACAUUAUUACAAUAAUUUUGAAACAAAAUAUCUAAAUGCUUUUAAAUUUUGAUAAUUUAAUUGUUCCCUAAAGUGAUUAAUACGUGUAUAUUUUUGUUCUCUUUUGUCGAAUCUCUGUAUUCUUAAAGAUUUAUUAUUUAAAAGUUCUUAAUUAAAUAUAUCUUCAAAGAGUCAUCGCACAGAUUUGACACUAAUGGAUAUGGCUCGUCGAAAAAGCGCCAGUUUUUAUGUUACGAACAAUAUUUAGGUUGCUAUCGCAUGUUAAAUAAACAUAAUUAUUAUUUAUUUACUUUUGAUUACGUUUUGUGUAUUAUAAGAAAUUAUUCGACUUCUUAAUUUUGGAAUAAUUUAAGUAUAUGAAAAAUAUAAUUAAAAACAACGCUUCUGCCAGAUUUUUAGACUAAGUCCAUCAGUAAUAAAGGAGGAAUUAGUGUUAAGCGCCUCCAAAAUUAUAAAUCUGACGAGUCGUUAUAAGUUCCGACUGCGUGUAUAAUAUACUUACCUAUAGUGUUCUUUGUAAUCUGAAAUAAUUGGUAUAUUAUUACUUUAUUAAUAACCUAAUUGUAAUGCAAUUCAAAAGGCUUUGCACAAAUGACAUAGUGUUAAAUGACAAAUAAAAAAAAGUUGCUAUGCUAUUAUUAAAUUUGUGCCCAAUCGCGAGAGCGGUGCGCAGGAGUGCACAAUGUUUAAAAUAUAUUAAAAAUAUGAUAUAUAUUUUAUGCGUUAAUGAGAUAUUUUAUGCGGGAAGUUAUUAUUAUUAUUAACAUUUCAUGUGACAACAUCAAAUAUAACCAUCGAAGAAAACCGUAUCGAGAUCUUUGUUAAACCGAAUUUCGUUAACAUUGUAUUCAUUUAUUAUUUAAGAAUAUAAUCACAUUAUUUACGA